AUGUCUUCAGUACGAGUUGCUGUUCGAGUCCGUCCCAUGAGCAAAAGGGAAAAGCAGCUGUCUUCGAAGGUGAUCGUUCAUAUGAAGGAGAACACGACGUCUGUUCAUAAGCCUUCAUCUGUACGUGGAGACAAGCUGAAGGACCGAGGGAAAAUCUUCACAUUUGACUACUCCUAUGACUCCACUGAUAAAGAGAGUCCAACAUUUGCAUCUCAGGAGAAGAUCUUCCAAGACCUGGGGACUGAUGUUCUGAAAGCUGCGUUUGAGGGGUUUAAUACUUGUGUGUUUGCAUAUGGUCAAACCGGCUCAGGCAAAUCCUAUACCAUAAUGGGUCCAAAAGUGGCUAAAGGUUUGAUCCCACGGAUCUGUGAGGGCUUGUUCUUGGAGAUUUCGAACAGAUGCAUGAGCGGGAUUGUGUCAUUUCGUACAGAGGUCAGCUAUCUGGAGAUCUUCAGUGAACGUGUGCAGGACCUUCUGAGAAGGAGAUCCCCGUGCACGGACAGAGGCUUGAAAGUGAGGGAGCACCCCGCUGAUGGACCGUUCGUAGAAAAUCUGUCGAAGCACGUCGUGCACGGCCUCGGUGACGUCGAGAGCUUGAUCAGUCUCGGCAACGCCAACCGCACCGUCGCGAGCACGGGCAUGAAUGACUUCAGCAGCCGCUCGCACGCCAUCUUCACCAUCAUGCUCACCCAGGCAUGGUUUGAUGCGGAGCUGCCACGGGAGAGGCUGAGUAAGAUCCACAUGGUGGACUUGGCAGGCAGCGAGCGAGCUGACGCCACACACACCACAGGCGCCCGGCUGAAGGAAGGCGCCAACAUCAACAGAUCCCUGGUCACCUUGGGGAGUGUGAUCUCGGCUCUCGCUGACCUCAACGUUGGCGAACAGCCGUCAAAAAAGAAGCAGGUCUUCAUUCCCUACACGGACUCCGUGCUGACGUGGCUGCUUAAAGAAAGCCUCGGUGGAAACUCCAUCACCACCAUGAUCGCAACGCUUUCCCCUGCUGACACGAACUAUGUGGAGACUCUAAACACGUUGCGCUGCGCGAUCCGCGCCAAGAGCAUCCUGAACACGCCCAGAGUGAACGAAGGUGGCGGCGUGCAGGUGAUCAGAGAGCUGCAGGCCGAGGUGACCAGGCUCCGAACUCUGCUAGAAGCCACUCAGGUGGAAACGUUCGGUGAACAGUGCGAGAGCGUGUGCGAUCAGACUCAGAAUAAUCUGCAGGAGGAGACGGUGACUCUGAGAAAGGAGGGGAGAGGAGUCGUCUUGGACUGCCAGUUGCCUCAUCUUAUCGGCGUUGAUGAAGACCAGCUCAGGACUGGAAUCAGCCUCUAUUAUCUGAAAGAGGGCAGAACAGUGAUUGGGAGUGAUGACGCAUUGUGCAGUCGAGAUGUUGUGCUUCAUGGACCUGGACUCCGCCGUGAACACUGUGUGCUGGAGAACAGUGCUGGGACUGUGACUCUGUUCCCUCAGGAUGGUGCCGUGUGCUCGGUGAACGGCUCUGCGGUCACAGAACCCUGCCAGCUGACUCAGGGUGCAGCUUUACAGCUUGGAGCAGGGACCGUGCUUCGGUUCUACCGUCCUGCUGAAAACUUCCAGCUGAGAGAGAAACCGCAGGCCAUUCCUGAAAGAGAUCCUGUCCCUCACAUCAGUUUGGAGUCGGAUGGAGAUGCAUUACAAGGUGGAGGAAGCAUCGGGGAUGGCCAGGAGCAGGAGAGGGACUCGUGUCAUAAAUCAGGGCCAGAGCUCGUGUCUGAGGGGCCACAGAGGAGAGCUCAGAGUGGAGCUGGUGCUGCAAGUUAUAAUGGAGAAGAGGUUCGGUCAGGGGAUGCCAGCCUCCAGCAGACAAGUGUCCUGGGUCCGGGUGAUGGAUGUGGCAUGAAGCCAGAAGGGAAUGCUAAUGAGAUCCAAGGUGUCGUGACUGACUGCUAUAAGGGGAGACCUGGCUCUGGUGGGAGCUCAUUAGAAAGUGUGUCCCACCUGCAGAGAAGCGCAGGAAGUUGCUCCGUGUCGGUCCUCCCAGAGACCGGGACUCACUCUCAGCUCAACAGAAAACCUCUCAACCCUCAGUCGGCCCGCUGUCCAACCAAAGACCCAGCUUCUGAGGAUCAGCACCACUGCGAAGAGAUGAGUGAAGGUUUGGAGGACGUCCUAGAAGUUUGUUUGACACAGAAGGAACCUGCAGCUCAAACAUCAAAGCUGGGCUCUUUGCUCAGCAGCGUUUCCUGGCUUGUCCAGGAUGCACAUGAGCUCUUCGGUUCUCCUAGAGCGCUGUACCAAGUCGCAAAUGGAAGGCUGCAGUCUAUUGGUGCACGCUGGUCCAGGCACAUCGUCUCUCUGGUCAAAGAAAUGAACGUUCUGUCUGUUGUGAAAGGCAGCCGGGCUUUCUCGGUUGUCGGAGGGAGCUUUGUGUCAUCUCUGCUUAAAGAACUGCCUCUCGUACAUCACAUCCCGAUGACUAUAACUCAACGUUUUCAGCCCAAAGAGGCAGCUUGGCCGAUUCAAGGCCGCAUUAAUCCUGAUGACGCACCAGUCUUGACACCAGCACAAACCACGGUGAAGGAACCGCGAGGCGACGAGCAGAAAACCUCGGAGGACUUCUGUGAGGAAGAAAAAGACCGGGCGGUUAAUACGGAUGUAGAACAAGGAGAUGAAAACAUCACGGAGCCUUUGCUACUGAAACAGAUCAACGUGACUGACGUUAUGCAGGCACCUACUAACAAAGAUCAGGUUUUGAAAAACUCAAAACUUGUCCACAUUGCAGUUCAAACACUGAUCGAAUAUCCCGAUCCUCUGUCGACCCUUCAAAAUUUACCGUUGCGAGACAUGAUGGAAACUCUACGGUCCAUCAUCCCCAAGUUGGUGUUUCCCUCCCAGCAGGGAAUCUCUCUUUACUGGCUGAAUGUAGCUAAAUGCAGCAAACCUGAACCCCAGCCUGGUCUCCUGAUCCUGAUGGAUUCUGACCUCUGCACGCUGACUGUGGACUCGGGGCUGCUGGUCUUGUUCCAUCACCUCCCUGUGCUGCAGCUGAAGGAGAUACAGAUUGGUUUAGCAGGCCAAAGUUUGCGUUUAAUGGGUUCUACUGAGGAGAGCGUACUGGGAGUUUAUACCCACAGCCAGCAGAUUACCAAAGAGCUGUGCUGGGCCAUACUUGAUGUUUGUCCUGGGGACUGCAGGACGCCCCAGAAUACUCUGCUGCAUGAGGAUCUAAUGAAGCUGCUGCUCGACUGUCAGCUCUGCGUACCCGACCUGCUGCUGGACGCCGGGCUACGCCUGUGCUGUAGAUUUCAGAAGAGUUGUGCUAAUUUGGUUUAUUUGAUUCACUGUAAUCUGAAUCCAGCAGGCGUCGCUCUGGGAGACGUGCAGCUGUUGCUGUACACGAGCGUCGCCGUGCAGAUCAGCCCCAGCGCUCCCAGCAAACGCACGGUCCAGUUUUUCCUCACGGACACCCACCUCGGUGUGGUGAGGGAGGACGUCCUCUUUCACCCAGCGCCGCUCUUCGUCACGGCUGCAGCCUGCCGUCCCCACUUCCACGAUCUAACCAUUCGCCCGUGCUCGGGCGUGCGCUGCGUACUGGUGCACAACGAGGACGGGAGUGGAUCAGUCAGGCUGGACGUGAUCCUCUCCAACAUGAGGGCCGGGGGUCACCCUGACAGCGCGAUGACGGCAGCUGCCCCGUCUGAAGGCGCUUUACGUUCAGCUCCGCAUGCAGAGGUGUGGAAAUUAACUUUCAGCUGCUCCGCUGAGGCCACCUGCCUGAUUAAUCACUUGUCAAACGUCUGA